CUAUACCAUCCAAGAACUUCUUGACCAGCUGAAGGAAGCGAACUCCGCCAAAAGUCGCGUGUUUCUGCUGCCCACGGUGGAGAUCAUACAAGCAACUGAUACAAAACAAUAUUACGCAGUGCAGCAUCAAGCUCUAGGCGUCUAGCCCACCUCGGUCAGCGAUUGCCGCGGCAGUACUGGACCUGCAAAAAAGCCGCUGGCGACCAGCAGCACGUGCAGCUGGGCUAGCGGCGGACCGUAAGGAUGGUGGGUGAUCCACCUGAGGUGCCACCCGGCAUUCCGCCGGAUGCGGAGUUCUGCGGGAACAUGCGCUGGCACCGCAAUGAACUGCGCCCCUCCAACGCCAUCAUCAAUGCUGCCUUCCCGGAAGAGCUCAUUGAAAGCGCGAAGACCAAGGACAUGCUGCUGACCAUCAUGAGCAUCCCGGUGGGCACGGAGCGCAUGAUCCAGUUUGAUGGCAUCCGGCUGGGCCAGACCUCGGGCAAGUGGCGCAUCAGCGGCGCCACUGCGCUCGUGAACAGCAUCAACAUGAACCCCGACUCUAAACACGUGGCCUGGUACCGCAAAACCAUCGACGGCGAGGUGCACUGGUUCGUGACGGAGCCGGUCGGCGACCCCGUGGAGGGCAACCUGUGCCUGCCCAGCGCGCGGGGCUCCGGCGAGCCGGGCGACGGCCCCCGCGCCCGCAAGAAGCGCAACAGCAGGGAGCGAGGCGCGCAGGGCGAGAGCUCGGAUGAGGGCGGGGACGAGGAUGGCGCCGGCGGCGCUGCCGGGCGUGGGCGGAGCACGGGGCGAGGGAAGAAGCAGCGGAUGGGGUUGCAGAGUGCGGCGGAGAUGCAUUCGGCACUCAUUGCGGGUGGCGCAGGCUCGUCCACAGCGGCUGCGGCGCUGGCGGCCGCUACCGCCGCCGUCAGCGGCAGCGCCAUGCUUCAGGGCCUGGGUAUCCCGCACGAGGUGGCGGCCGCCGCGGCCGCCGCCGCCGCCGCGGGCGGCCAGGCGGCGUGCAAGGUGACGGUGACGCCACGCAUGCGCGAGGGCGGCUUCGUGGUCCUGGACCACGUGUUUGGGGCGGUGGCGGGGCUGACGGUGACGGGCACCGCCUGCGCCGCCAGCAUGAUGCUGUCCAUGUUGGAGCCGGAGGGCAGCGUCGUCAACGCGGUGCUUGCGCUGUCCGUGGUGCCCUCCACGGAGGGCGUCACGUCCGAGGCCUCGCUGGCCAGCGCCGUGGUGCUGGGCGCGCUGGCGCCCUGGAUGGCGGCCCGCCACGUGGGGGUGGGGGACAAGGUCAUGGUGGCGCGGACCCUGCCCGGCACGUACUACAUUGCUGUCGAGCGCGCGUCCUUACCCGCGGCGCCGGCAGCGGCACCAGCAGGGGAAGAGGAGGGCGGCGACGCCGGGCCGGGCAGCGGCGGUGGUGGGGCGCCGGGCGGCGGCUCAGACGGCGGGAGUGAACCAGGGACCUCGCCGCACCCUCCCGGCGAGGACGGGGGCCAUGGCGGGAACCCGGGUGCUGGGUGCCACGAGAGCGGGGGCGCAGGUGGGAGCGAACCACCGGGUGCGGCGGGGGCGGAGGCGGAGGCUGGAGGCGGCGGCCAGGAUGUGGACAUGGCGCCGGCGGACGGGCCGCCGGCAGACGGGGACAAGCCGCAGACGGGGACACAAGCAGAGCCGGAGGCGGGGACAUCCCAAGCAACAGAACAGGAUGCAGCAACUGCAAAGCAGGACGCAACAACGGAAAGGGCCUCCGCGGAGGAAAGGGGUACAACCGCUCAAAAGGAGGGUGCUGGGGAGGAGGUUGCAGCAGCCAAGGACAACACAGCGGGGCCGGGAGCUGCAGGUGAACCGGCGUCACAAGCGCUAGCGGCAACAACAGCAGCAGCAACCGCCGAGGCGCCAGUGGAUGCCAUGGACGUGGACCGGCCCGCAGCCGCGGAAGCGGCGCCGGCCAAGCAGCAGGAGGACGCGGGGCCCAGCACCGCUCGGCCACAGCCGCGGACAACGCGGGGGCGGGCGUCUGCGGCAGCCGCGGCAGCAGCAGCAGCAACGGCCGCAGCUGUCAAGGCCGCCAAGGCGCCAGAGGCCCCCGCGCUGCGCACCCGCCAGAAGACGGAGCCGCCGCCCGCACCCGCAGCGGGCAAGGGCAAGGGCGAGCAGCGAGCGGACUCGGGCAAGGGGAAGGACGGGGCGGUGCGGGCGGAGUCGGCAGAAGCGCCGGCGCCAGCGGCCGACGCGGCGGUUGUGGAGGCGCAAGAGCCCACGUGGCAGGAUCUGUUCCUGCGCGCCGCCCAAGAGGCAGUGGCGGCGCGGGAGGGCGAGGAGCCGCUGCCCGAGCCCCGACACGACACGGUUGAGGUGGUGGGGCGGCUGCUGACUGGCGGCUGCGAAGACUUCAGCCGUGUGGUGGCCUCCGCCACUCACCUGGUCAUGGCGCAGCUGUUGGCGGCGGAGCAGCGCGCGGCGCAGGCGGCCGCCAGCGGCUAAGAGCGCGUUGUGGCGGUGGCGGCGGCUGUGCGUGUUGAACAAGGCGGGGGAAAUGGGGUGUAGGGAGGGAGGGUGCAGAGUUGCCGGCACCCCGCCCCGGUACCUGGUCCGUGUGCAGUUGGCGGAGCGGUCCUGGAAGGCUACGUUGCGUCCUGCGGUAGUUACGAUGGUGCGCGCUCUUCCUUUUCGGGGUGUGGACGGCGCCGAAGUACGGGCGAGUGAGUGGAGCUCAUCAGCUCAGUCGCAUGUGAGAAUGUAUCGACCACUGUGCCAAGCUGCUGCGGCUUGUGCUGUAACCAGUGGGCACG